AUGAACUCAAAUUUUUAUAACUGGUCAUCUAGAUGGCUUUUUUCAACAAAUCAUAAAGAUAUAGGUACUUUAUAUAUGAUUUUUGGUGCUUUUUCAGGUGUAGUUGGUACAACUUUAUCUGUUUUAAUUCGUAUGGAAUUAGCACAACCUGGAAAUCAAAUUUUUAUGGGAAAUCAUCAAUUAUAUAACGUAGUUGUUACUGCACACGCGUUUAUUAUGAUUUUUUUUAUGGUUAUGCCUAUUUUAAUUGGAGGUUUUGGUAACUGGUUUAUUCCUUUAAUGUUAGGGGCUCCUGAUAUGGCUUUUCCAAGAAUGAAUAAUAUUAGUUUUUGGUUAUUACCUCCUUCAUUAUUUUUAUUAGUUUCUUCAGCUAUUGUUGAAUCUGGUGCAGGUACUGGUUGGACUGUAUAUCCACCUUUAUCUAGUGUACAAGCACACUCUGGUCCUUCAGUUGAUUUAGCUAUUUUUAGUUUACACUUAGCUGGUAUUUCUUCAUUAUUAGGUUCAAUAAAUUUUAUUACCACUAUUUAUAAUAUGAGAUCACCAGGUUUAACUUUUCAUAAAUUACCUUUAUUUGUAUGGUCAGUUUUUAUUACAGCUUUCUUAUUAUUAUUAAGUUUACCUGUAUUAGCUGGAGCAAUUACAAUGUUAUUAACUGAUAGAAAUUUAAAUACUUCAUUUUUUGAUCCUUCAGGUGGAGGUGAUCCUGUAUUAUACCAACAUUUAUUUUGGUUUUUCGGUCACCCAGAAGUUUAUAUUUUAAUUUUACCAUCUUUUGGUAUCAUAAGUCAAGUUAUUUCAACUUUUUCUAGAAAACCUGUUUUUGGUUAUUUAGGAAUGGUUUAUGCUAUGAUUUCUAUUGGUAUUUUAGGUUUUAUUGUUUGGGCUCACCACAUGUAUACUGUAGGUUUAGAUGUAGAUACUAGAGCUUAUUUUACAGCAGCUACCAUGAUUAUUGCAGUACCUACUGGUAUUAAAAUUUUUAGUUGGUUAGCUACUAUGUGGGGAGGUUCUAUUCAAUUAAAAACUCCAAUGUUAUUUGUAAUUGGAUUUUUAUUUUUAUUUUUAAUAGGAGGAGUAACUGGUAUCCAAAUGUCAAACUCAGGUUUAGAUGUAGCUUUACAUGAUACUUAUUAUAUUGUAGCACACUUCCAUUAUGUAUUAUCUAUGGGUGCUGUUUUCGGUAUUUUUGCUGGAUUUUAUUAUUGGGUUGGAAAAAUGACUGGUCGUCAAUAUCCUGAAAUUUUAGGACAAAUACACUUUUGGUUAUUUUUCAUUGGAGUAAAUUUAACUUUUUUCCCAAUGCAUUUCUUAGGUUUAGCAGGUAUGCCUCGUAGAAUUCCAGAUUUCCCAGAUGCUUAUUCUGGUUGGAAUGCUCUUUCUUCUUUUGGUUCUUAUGUUUCAUUAUUUGCAUCUUUAUUCUUUUUUUAUAUUAUUUAUAUAACUUUAACUAAAGGUGAAAAAGUAGAAGGUAAUAACCCUUGGAUUAAAACCUACUAUAACACAAAUUCGUUCGUAAUAAAAACAUAA